AGCCGCCGGAGACCUUCGGGGGUGACCUCGUCGCCCCCUCUCCUGGCCGCGCUGCGGUCGGUCGAGGAGCACCGAACCGGGCAGCCAGCCGCGCCAUGCUGGAGGGUGACAUCGGCCUCGAGGGGCUGUCCCCCAAGGAAGCCCCCGCAGCCCAGGCCGCCGGGGCCGUGGAUGCGGAGGGCGCGCCGCCCGGCCGGCCGGGCGCACAGGCGGCCGCGAUGAGGGUCAACGAGAAGUACUCGACGCUCCCGGCCGAGGACCGCAGCGUCCACAUCAUCAACAUCUGCGCCAUCGAGGACAUCGGCUACCUGCCGUCCGAGGGCACGCUGCUGAACUCGCUGUCCGUGGACCCCGACGCCGAGUGCAAGCACGGCCUCUACUUCCGGGACGGCAGACGCAAGGUGGACUACAUCCUGGUGUACCACCCCAAGAGGCCCUCGGGCAGCAGGACCCUGGCCAGGAGGGUGCAGCACGGCGACGCGGCCCCCGCAGCCCGCGGCACCAGGCAGGACCAGCCGCUGCCGGGCAAGGGGGACGUGGGGGCGGCGGGGGGGCCCGAGCCCCCGAUGGACUACCAUGAGGACGACAAGCGUUUCCGCAGGGAGGAGUACGAGGGGAACCUCCUGGAGGCCGGCCUGGAGCUGGAGCGGGACGAGGAGACUAAAAUUCACGGGGUUGGAUUUGUAAAAAUCCACGCGCCCUGGAACGUGCUGUGCAGAGAAGCCGAGUUUUUGAAACUGAAGAUGCCGACGAAGAAGCUGUAUCACAUUAACGAGACCCGUGGCCUCCUGAAAAAGAUCAACUCCGUGCUCCAGAAGAUCACGGACCCCAUCCAGCCCAAGGUGGCAGGGCACAGACCCCAGACCACAAAGAGACUGUCCUACCCCUUCUCCCGGGAGAAGCAGCAUCUAUUUGACCUGUCUGACAAGGAUUCCUUUUUCGACAGCAAAACCCGAAGCACGAUAGUCUAUGAAAUCCUGAAAAGAACGACGUGUACCAAGGCCAAGUACAGCAUGGGGCAAGGAGAGGGAAGAAAGAAGGACUCUGCCCUUUUAAGUAAGAGGCGAAAAUGUAGUAAAUACGGUAUCACCAGCCUGCUGGCCAAUGGCGUUUACUCGGCCGCCUACCCCCUGCACGAUGGAGACUACGAAGGUGAAAACGUGGAGUUCAACGACAGAAAACUCCUGUACCAAGAGUGGGCGAGUUACGGGGUUUUCUACAAGUACCAGCCCAUCGACCUGGUCAGGAAGUACUUUGGGGAGAAGAUCGGCCUGUACUUUGCCUGGCUGGGCGUGUACACCCAGAUGCUCAUCCCCGCGUCCGUGGUGGGGAUCAUCGUCUUCCUGUACGGAUGUGCCACCGUCGACGAGAACAUCCCCAGCAUGGAGAUGUGUGACCAGAGACACAACAUCACCAUGUGCCCGCUGUGCGACAAGGCCUGCAGUUACUGGAAGAUGAGCUCAGCGUGCGCCACGGCCCGGGCCAGCCACCUCUUCGACAACCCCGCCACUGUGUUCUUCUCCGUCUUCAUGGCCCUCUGGGCCGCCACCUUCAUGGAGCACUGGAAACGGAAACAGAUGCGGCUCAAUUACCGCUGGGACCUCACCGGCUUCGAGGAAGAGGAGGAGGCCGUCAAGGACCAUCCCAGAGCCGAAUAUGAAGCCAGAGUUUUGGAGAAGUCCCUUAGGAAAGAAUCCAAAAGCAAAGAGAAGCGCCGGCAUAUUCCAGAGGAGUCAACAAACAAAUGGAAGCAGAGGGUUAAGACAGCCAUGGCGGGGGUGAAAUUGACAGACAAGGUGAAGCUGACCUGGAGAGAUCGGUUCCCAGCCUACAUCACCAACUUGGUCUCCAUUGUCUUCAUGAUUGCCGUGACCUUCGCCAUCGUCCUGGGAGUCAUCAUCUACAGGAUCUCCACCGCAGCCGCCUUAGCCAUGAACUCCUCCCCGUCCGUGCGGUCCAACAUCCGGGUCACGGUCACGGCCACCGCGGUCAUCAUCAACCUGGUGGUCAUCAUCCUCCUGGACGAGGUCUACGGCUGCAUAGCCAGGUGGCUCACCAAGAUUGAAGUCCCAAAGACAGAGAAGAGCUUCGAGGAGAGGCUGAUCUUCAAGGCUUUCCUGCUGAAGUUCGUGAAUUCCUACACCCCCAUCUUUUACGUGGCUUUCUUCAAAGGCAGGUUUGUCGGCCGCCCGGGUGACUACGUGUACAUUUUCCGUUCUUUCCGGAUGGAGGAGUGUGCCCCAGGGGGCUGCUUGAUGGAGCUCUGUAUCCAGCUCAGCAUCAUCAUGCUGGGCAAGCAGCUCAUUCAAAACAACCUGUUUGAGAUCGGCAUCCCGACAGACCCCCGUGAACGCCUGUGGCACACGAUGCCCGAGACCGGAAAGAAGGCGCAGCUGGGAGCCCAGCCCCAAGCCAUCACCGGCUCCCCUGCCUGCUUCGAGAUCCACCAACAGGAGGCAGCACCGGGCGGGAGCGGGGACCCCACGGCCUCGGGCACCAGCAGCCCACACCGGGCCCACAGCCAAGCUCGUCUGAGGCCUCCGUCACCUCUAGAGCCGCCUUCACCAAGACCACGUCCAUACAAGCGUCCCGCGGAGGCCCCCGGGCCCCGGGAGAAGCCAGCGGCCUGGCUCCCAGACGGAGGCUCCCCUGGGGCCCCACCUGCGGUGCUAACAAUGGCCACGCUCAGCCUGCCGGGCACACGCAACCUUUACCUGACCUCUCCCCGGAGCCCGGCUCUGCGCUGGCCGCGGUGCCCGAGGGCGAAGCCCCACCGCCGGCUUGCUGACCGUGAGGAUGAUGGGCAAGAGGAGGGACACGAGGCGGACCGUCCUGGACAGUGGGUCCAGCCGGCUCCCCGAGGCCCCAUGGGAGGGGACGACGGGGCUCUCGGAGACCAGGGAUGGUGGCGGGACCCCCUGGCUGCUCAGGACUGCCCCCGCCAGGCCCUUGCCAGCCCCGGCACGACAUCCGCCUUGGGGGCCACCACCACGGGGCCCCACUGUGGGGGCCGAGGGGCACAGCAACGAGCUAAUUGUCCUGCUCUCCUUGCAGUAAUCCAGUUUGGUUUUGUGACCUUGUUCGUCGCGUCCUUCCCCCUGGCCCCACUGUUCGCGCUGCUGAAUAACAUCAUCGAGAUCCGCCUGGACGCCAAAAAGUUUGUCACCGAGCUCCGCAGGCCGGUGGCUGUCAGAGCCAAAGACAUCGGAAUCUGGUACAAUAUUCUCCGAGGUGUCGGGAAGCUGGCGGUCAUCAUCAACGCGUUCGUGAUCUCCUUCACGUCCGACUUCAUCCCUCGCCUGGUGUACCUGUACAUGUACAGCCAGAACGGGACCAUGCACGGCUUCGUCAACCACACCCUCUCCUCCUUCAACGUCAGUGACUUCCAGAACGGCACGGCCCCCAACGACCCCCUGGAUCUGGGCUACGAGGUGCAGAUCUGCAGGUACAAGGACUACCGGGAGCCCCCGUGGUCGGAGCACAAGUAUGACAUCUCCAAGGACUUCUGGGCCGUGCUGGCAGCCCGGCUGGCCUUUGUCAUUGUCUUCCAGAACCUGGUCAUGUUCAUGAGUGACUUUGUGGACUGGGUCAUCCCAGACAUCCCCAAGGACAUCAGCCAGCAGAUCCACAAGGAGAAGGUCCUCAUGGUGGAGCUGUUCAUGAGGGAGGAGCAGGGCAAGCAGCGGCUGCUGGGCACGUGGAUGGAGAAGGACCGGAAGAAGGAUGAGCCCUGCAACAGUCACGGCCCCAAAGCCGGCCUGGACAGCCCCGAGUACCCCGGGGGCACCCUGUAGCUGCCCCUGGCCUCCAGGCCGCCGGGCCCCGGGGCUCCUGUGUUCGCGGAGAACCUGGAAGCCCACCUUCUGAUAGGACAACCUCUUCCUGUCUUCUUUUUCUGUUUUUUUUUUUCUCCUCGUUUUUGCACAAAACUGUUACGCAGGGAAUUUUUUUUAUCUUUAGUAUUCAAGGAUAAUCAAGAUGAUCGCUGGGGAUAGGGUGAUAACACGCGGGAAUGCGGGCGCUUUGCAGAAACACUUCUUGGGGACCGUGGGUUUCCUUUGCAGCGGAACGUGAGCAGAGGCCUCCAGAAAGCGUCUUUUCUAACCCCGCCUGACGCCUUUAGAGAGGUGAAAAGGUGUCCCGAAGCAUCGGGGCAAACGCCGUGCGGUACUGGAGGGAGAAUGGAAAAAUGAGGUUGACACCAGUCCCAGAAGGCAUCACCUGCCUCCGGGUCGGAAAAGUCCGACGGCUUUUCAUCUUCUGUUUCCGGUUAGUUCAGAAACCGAGUCACUGUGGCCAGAAAGAGGUGCCUGUGAGUUUAGAAUUUGCUCUUGGAGCACAGCAGGGCUCGGGUGUCCCCGAGGAAGCAGGUGACCCGCACCUCCGGGGUCCCCACCCCCAC